UCUCCAAAUAUUUCAAAAAUUAAUUAAUGUCUCAAGGAAACUGAGAGAACAGAUCCUGUCAGCAAUGUGUCCUGAACACAUUGUUUCACUUUUCAGGCCCCUUUUUGAUAAUAGUGAGUGUGUUGAAGGAAAAAUUGUUUUCAAAGAAGAAAUUGUUUCCCUGUUUGUUGAGGCUUUGCUGCUGAUGUCUAAAUUGGCACCACAUAAUUGCAUGUGGCAAGAGGCAUAUUCAGGCAUGCUGGAUCACGUAGUUCUUCAGAGAUUACUUGCUAUGGCAUUAUAUAUAGCACCUGAAUCAGUCAAAACACAAGUUCUCUCACUUGUUCAUAAUACCUACUUCCCUGAAAAAAGGAUCGACUGGCCCAGCUAAUACCUGAAAUGCAGACCUGGUGGCGGAGUGGCCGUCCUUGUGCUGCAGAGGAUUUGCCACUGGGCAGUCGAGAUGCCA